AUGAUAAGCUCAAUCGGCUUUCUUCCUGGUGGAGUUUCAAUAGAGAGACUCAAGGAGUUUGUGUAUGACGAGGACAUCCAUCGAGCAUUGGACUAUCUUGGAAUUCCGGUUGUCGACAAGUCGAAAAUGGCUUGCGACGAUGACAUCGACGAGUCGGAGGAGAUAGUAGAAAACGACAUUAUAGUCUUCUGCACUCCAAACGAGGAUGAUGUGAGUUUCUUGCAGUUUUAUGUACAGAACAGAGAAUGCACAAACAUUUUCCUCCACCACGACACAUAUGUGUUCAGCACUAUUUGCGAUUCUACCCAAGCCGUCAUUGGAGGAGAGACGUAUGUUGCACUGGCCACAUUUGAGAAGGACAUUAUGGUGUUUGAUCCAUUUGUGAGAAACCCGGUGCUUCCUCAAGUUCUUCUUAAAGGACAUGAGGAAGCAGUUCUGUCAAUAGAGUGUUCCAAUGGAGUGCUCUUUAGUGGAGGUCUUGAUUCAACGAUUAUUGAAUGGGAUACUGAAAAGGCUCUUCCCAAAAAUAGAAUACAGGCCAUGGGACCUGUGAAUAAGCUUGGAACCUUGAAUUCAUCGGUGAUUUAUUCUGUGGAAAACUCUCUGUAUUGGACAGAUAGAGAGAUUAGGUUUGAUGGAGAAGUUGAAAGAAUAAGGAUUAUGGAUAAUAAAAUGCUUGUAUCGGACUCCACAGGGAUCUUGAGACAUUAUGACCUAAGAAAUGUAUCUGAUCCGGUUAUGGAGAAGAGAAUCCACGAAGACUCUAUUACAGGAAUCGAUGUGCUUGGAAGUAAUGUGUAUACAGGAUCUCUGGACGGAAGCAUAAAGAUUGUAAGCCUUGAAACGUUUGAUGUUAUGAACAGUGAAGACGUCGAAGAGAAGAUAUUUUCUCUAAAGGUGCAUGAAGACGGGUUUUAUGUGUAUGGAGGAGAGAAGAACGAGCCCGAGCUUAGAUACAUCGACUGCUCUAAAGACGAGUGA